UGCUCCCCGCAAGCAAAAACGAAUAGUCAAGCAAGCAUUCAAGGCCUGCAACAAACCACCAAUUUGGCAAAUUUCUCGUUUUAGCUUAUUCUGCUUUGAGCUUUUCGAAGUUUUGCAACAUUCCUUCACCUUUCUUACCCUUUCUUUCCCAAAACCCUCCUCAACUGUGACUUGUUUGUGGGAGACAGAGCACGGAGGAAGAAAAAGGUCUGGCCUUUGUCCAGGCCGAUUAAUGCUGAAAACCUAAACAAAGCGGCAAAGCUAGCUAUAAAAGCAAAGAGAUUGAAUGUGGGAUUUUUGGAGAAGGCACAAGAGGAAGGUCUAUAUUACACUUGGAGUUUUAGGAAGUGGAUAUUUCUUAUACAAGCUUUAUGAUGCUCAUAGGAGAAGGAUCUCUGAUCUGGAGAGAGAACUCGCUACUGAAAGGGAAAACGAUGAACUUGUUAAGGCCCAAAUGCAAGAACACUUCGAGAAUGUACAAAGGAUUGCUGAUUCGACAACAUUGCCGCAUGUGAUGCAAUACUUAAGUACUCGGGUAGCUGAAGAGUUAGACCUUGCUCCCUUGACUGAGAGGUUAAUGCGAGGGAAAGGUCAACCAAACACACUAACAGCUGCAGAGAAACUUGAGCUGUGGGAUAGACUCAAAAUACUAAGUUUUACGAGAAUGGUCUUGUCUGUUUGGGCAAUGACAACUCUAAACUUAUUUAUUAGAGUUCAAGUCAAUAUACUAGGGAGGCAUCUCUAUAUUGACACUGCCCGUGGACUUGGGAAUUCUCAUCUACUUGACGAUGCUGAUCUCAUAGAUAGAAACGAUGAGCAACGGUUUCUAGCCAUUGCAGAUUUCCUUUCCAAUUAUGAAAUACCAACAUUGAUUGCCAGCAUUGAGGCAGCCACUUCUGAAGUGCUCAAGGGAAAACAGUUGAAGGAUUACUUCAACAGUUCUGUACUACGUGAAACUAUUGUGCAGAUAUUGGACACAUUCAUGAGCAUGGGAAAUCCUCGUCAGUGGUUAGGCUACUUGAUUCCGGAGGACAAUAGGAUAUACAAAUUGGUUGAACCCUCUGGAAGUGGGAAUGAAGUUCAUUCGCAUGCUAGCAAGUUCGAACAACUUACAGAGGAGACACGUGCAGUGUUAUCAAGUGCUGAAUUUGGGAAUAUUCUUGACAUCUCAUUGAAAGUUGCGGUGGAUGCAAUCGCUGAGGAAAUAGAUAUCCAGUCAGCAAUCCCUCUAGCAAAACUUCUGCCUCGAAUAGCUCAGAUGGGCCAGAUUCUGCUGGAGGAACCAAAUAGGCAAAGGUAUAUCCAGAUCAUCCGAAACACACCAGAAGUUGAGCUAUUUUUCACAGUCCUAUACUCAAGCAUGCCGUCUUGAUAGUAGUGUAGCUCAUUGAUAUGCAAUUCUUGAACUUUUUCUGCUUCAAAACAGAGCAAUAGUGUAAUUGUAUGUUAGAGAAGGUGCAUGGUUCUCUAGAGUCGAGAACUUCUGAACAAAAUAACAAGAGAGGUGGAGAUAAUGGGCAUUUGUUAGAUUUUGCUCCAGUUGUAUUUUGUCAUUGUUAUAGUAGCUGCCCAAGUAUUGUGGGGUAUUGAUGAUAGUUGUUGUGUCAGGAAAAAAGAAGGGCUUGGUAAAUCAUUUGUUUUUUUUCAUUACUAACGAAGAGAUUGUCGAAUUUCACUUCGUGCUGGCUAAUUCAAUCUAUAGGUGAAUUUGGUGUAAA